GAGUCGGAUCACGUCAAAAAAAGGCCAGCAGUCAACACCACAACCACCGUCUACUUCUACUUCUACUUUUCCGCACUUGUUUUACGGUGUAAGUAUCUCCUAUUGAUUGAGGACUAUGGAUCAAGAUACGCAGCCACAGCCAAGAGUGAACGGCUCAAUGUUGCCGAAGUAUCAAGGAAGUGUUGUGUGCUUGCUUGGGAGAGUUAAAGAAAUUGACCCCAAUGGAACGUCCUUCAUGCUGGGACUGAGUGACAAUGUUGAUGUUCAAGUGCAGUUGCAAGAUCCACUCCAAGACAUGAUUGAAGGCAUCACUGAGGUCAUAGGUCAUGUCGGACAAAACUCAAGAGUCAUUAACUGCAUUCAAUAUGUCAACUUAGGAGAAAUGGACUUUGACUUGACACUCUAUGAUGAAGCGCUUAAAAUCACACAUGACUUUGCGGAGUUCUACAUGCCAGGAGUGUAGCAUGAUGACGUGGCAGUGUUUAUAUUCGAUACUAGUGCUGUAUGCCGAUGACUUGUAUGUAAAUGUAUCAAUCAGUCAUAGGCGCCUGUGUGGAUGCACACACACAGCACAUAAUGAAAAAUGUACAUUCAAUAAACAGCUCUGUGUGGAUGGCUUCAGGUUCAAAUUGAAAUUUGAAUUCCAGAACAUGUCCCUAUUGGUACCUGAUUAUCUCUUAAGGAAUCCACUUUCUAUUGUUCAAUGUUUUGAGUGUUUUAAUCCAAGACAAAUUAUCAAAUGUUUCAUAGUACUACUGCAAGGCAAUUCCCAAACAAUUAUUUCCAACCAAUUACCUACAUGUACCUAGAAGGCACCAACAUGAAUCAUUGAGAUUGCAAUUACCUACAUGUACCUAGAAGGCGCCAACAUGAAUCAUUGAGAUUGCAAUUACCUACAUGUACCUAGAAGGCGCCAACAUGAAUCAUUGAGAUUGCAAUUACCUACAUGUACCUAGAAGGCGCCAACAUGAAUCAUUGAGAUUGCAAUUACCUACAUGUACCUAGAAGGCGCCAACAUGAAUCAUUGAGAUUGCAAUGCUCACAUGUACCUAGAAGGCGCCAACAUGAAUCAUUGAGAUUGCAAUGCUCACAUGUACCUAGAAGGCGCCAACAUGAAUCAUUGAGAUUGCAAUGCUCACAUGUACCUAGAAGGCGCCAACAUGAAUCAUUGAGAUUGCAAUGCUCACAUGUACCUAGAAGGCGCCAACAUGAAUCAUUGAGAUUGCAAUUACCUACAUGUACCUAGAAGGCGCCAACAUGAAUCAUUGAGAUUGCAAUGCUCACAUGUACCUAGAAGGCGCCAACAUGAAUCAUUGAGAUUGCAAUUACCUACAUGUACCUAGAAGGCGCCAACAUGAAUCAUUGAGAUUGCAAUGGUCACCAGUCUACCUUUAAAAAGAUCAAUCUGAUAUCAUUAAACUCUUACUAGUUCCACAAUUACUCGCAGAGCACAAGUAGAGUAUCAGCCAAGAUGGCAUGUCAUUUACAUAGGUUGUUGUGACCACUGCUGACCAGUGCUAUGCUGUUGUUUUGUGCCUCUGAUCAUCAUGCCAUAAUAAUUUCAGCAGGAAUAAAAGGAGUAUUUUGUUCAUCUUUUUUGCCGUACAUGGUGUGUGAUCUUUUAACAAGAAUUAGUGCCAGGCUAAGCAACUAUUUAAUAAAACAGAAAAAGACAUUUUGAACAAUUUUAUUGAGCUGGUAACUUUAUAAGCAGAAAUUUUGCAUCCAAAAUCUUGUAAUUUCUGAUCUUACAAUUUAAACAAAUCCUUGUCACUUGUAAACUGUGAACAUCAUUUGGUUAUUAAAUAAUAGGAUUAUAAAUCCUC